AUGGGGUGCUGGUGGGGCCGCGGAGCGGUGCUGGCCUGCCUGCUGCUGCUGCGCCCACUGCCCUCGCCCUCCUGCCCCUUCGCCUGCCUCUGCUCCGUGGGGAACGUGGACUGCAGCGAGCACGGGCUCCGCGAGGUGCCCCCGAGCCUGGCCACCAACACCAGCACCCUGUGGCUCGGCUACAACUUCAUCACCGUGCUGGGGCCGCGCUCCUUCCCGCUGCUGCCGGAGCUGCGGGUGCUCAGCCUGCCCCACAACCAUCUGGGGCUCAUCCACAGCCAGGCGCUGGUGGGGCUCGGGGCACUGCAGGAGCUGGAUCUCAGUGACAACUACUUGACUGUGCUGAGCCCCGAAACCUUCCUGCCCCUCACCAGCCUCACCAAGCUGAACCUGGGUGGAAACAGGCUGAAGCAGCUGGAGCCUGGGGUGCUGCAAGCACUGCCCCAGCUCCAAGCUCUCUUCCUGCAGGACAACCCCUGGGGGUGCAGCUGCAGCAUCCUGCCCCUCUGGCGCUGGCUCAGUCACAACAGGGACAAAGUGCGAGAGAAGAGCUUGCUCCUCUGCAGAGUUCCAGAGCAGCUGAACAAGUAUCCAAUCAUGGCCUUUGGGAACGAGUCCUUCAGGCAAUGUCAGGAGACCUCACUGUCUGCCCAGCACUACAUCACCUUCAUGAUCAUUGGACCGUUCUCUUUCAUGGCCAGCAUCUUCUUCUGCACCUUCACAGGCUCCGUUGUGGUGGUUUACCACAACCUGCGCAAGGAACCCCACGUCUCCAGGAGAUCCUGCAUCUGA